GCCCCCCUCCACCGCACUGCUACGGCAAAACCACCCGAAAUCUCCAAUUUGGAUCUGAAACCAAGCUUUUUCCUCUCCUUCCUUCUCUCUUCUCCCCCCCUUCCCUCCGUUGCCGCCCACUCCGCGCUGUGUAUGUGACUCUCCGUGGAGCAGAGAGAGAGGCUCAACCCCCCAAAAAAAAUUUAUGCCCUGCUAAAUCGGGGAGGACGCGUCGUCGCCGGGGCCGCCAUGGGUAAAUCGAACAGCAAGUUGAAGCCUGAAGUUGUGGAGGAGCUGACUCGAAAGACGUACUUUACAGAAAAGGAGGUCCAGCAGUGGUACAAAGGCUUUAUCAAGGACUGUCCUAGCGGGCAGCUGGAUGCAGCCGGAUUCCAAAAAAUCUACAAGCAAUUUUUCCCUUUUGGGGAUCCUACCAAGUUCGCCACUUUCGUCUUCAACGUCUUUGAUGAAAACAAGGAUGGAAGGAUUGAGUUUUCCGAGUUUAUCCAGGCCCUCUCCGUCACUUCUCGAGGAACCUUGGAUGAGAAAUUACGGUGGGCCUUCAAACUGUACGAUCUGGACAACGACGGAUACAUCACGAGAAACGAGAUGCUGGACAUUGUAGAUGCUAUUUAUCAGAUGGUGGGCAAUACUGUGGAGCUUCCGGAAGAAGAAAACACACCGGAGAAGAGAGUGGACCGGAUUUUUGCCAUGAUGGAUAAAAAUGCGGACGGCAAGCUAACGCUGCAGGAAUUCCAAGAGGGCUCGAAGGCUGACCCUUCCAUCGUCCAGGCGCUCUCGCUGUACGACGGACUUGUAUAAUUCCCUGGCCCCUCCGCUUUGACACAUCAGAAGGAACCCCCUUCCAGUGCCAUCAGACACCACCGCCCCCCGACAAGAUGCUGAUCUGACGUACGCCCGCCCUCCUUUACUUCCAGCGACAAACCCGGGGGGGGUGCGUGCGCUCGGAAGUUCGACGUCAAACCCAAACACCGUGCGCUUGAUUCCAACUUCUCUCCAUUUGCCAGCUGCUAUGUCGAACAAAGACGACGGGAGAAAAGGGAGUUUGUUUAUCGUAGAAAGAAAAAAAA